CUUUGAUGUCUCUUAUAUAUUAUGCUUUUGGCUUACAGGAUAAAGUUGUGCAUAACAAUAUUCAAAACUUGGCAUUCAACUGUGUUUCUUCUGUUAUUCUUUGAACCUCUAAGUAUUGCUUUUGAGACAUUGCAGGCCAUUGUGGUUCACGGAUUUCAGUUACUGGAUAUAUGGCACCGUCAUUCCAUGGAAAGCAGCACUGAUUGUCAAAGAUCCCAAGUUUUUGAUAGAUCAGCAGCAGGUACUUUAUGGGAAUGGAAGUGCAUUCUUACUCUGGAUUUUGGUUUUUUUCUAGACAUGAUGACCUUGUUAAUGGCCCUUGGUCAUUAUUUGUAUAUUUGGUGGCUUCGUGGCAUGGCAUUCCAUCUUGCGGAUGCAGUCCUUUUCCUAACUAUACGCGCUUUGGCUAGCACAACAUAUAAGCGGAUCAAAGGAUUUGUCAAGCUGAGAACAGCUCUAAGUGCUCUCCAUGAGGCUCUUCCUGAUGCGACUUCUGAAGAGAUAGAAGCAUAUGAUGAUGAAUGUGCUAUUUGUAAGGAACCGAUGGCAAAGGCUAAAAAGCUAUCUUGCAAUCAUCUUUUCCAUCUAGCAUGCUUGCGGUCUUGGUUGGACCAAGGUCUAAGCAAGAUUCAUCUGUGUCCUACAUGUCGAAGGCCACUAUUUGCGGUCAGACCUGAAGAAAAUACUAAUCACCAUACUGGAGAAGUCACAGAUAAUGAGCAGCUUGCUCGUCAAAUCAGUUCAGGGUUGGAGCGGCAAAACACAUCUGGACAUACGCUUCCUGUGGGGGCAUUCUCCAACAUGCAACAGAACCCCUCAGAAAGCUUCGCUUGGAGGGGGGUGAGGCUUGGUUCAAGUUGGAUUCAGCCUAGGCCAAGUCAGAGCCUUGAUGGUGCUGGCCCUUCCACUGCAAUUAGAUCAGUUGGACUCAGCAGAGUUCAGAUGAUGAUGAGACACCUGGAAGAAGCUGUUUGGAGCCUUUGGCCUGUGACCAACCCUCAAGCUGUUCCAGGUUCCCCUGUUCCACCUGUUCCAACCACUGGUGGUUUAAGUUCUAGAAGUGCGUCUCCCUUGGUUAAUGACAAUAUAUCACGUAUAAUUGCGAUGGCUGACACAGUACGGGAGGUGCUGCCUCAUAUUCCUCAUGAAAUAAUUUUCCAGGACCUGUGGAGAACAAAAUCUGUUGCGGUUACCGUGAAUAAUCUUCUUCGGAUGUGAUUUUCCAAUAUCGGUAUGUUUUCUUGUAAUACCAUUUUGCUUGCUCGAAGAACUCAAGGAGAUCAUAUGCACUGUAUAUUCUAAUCACCAAAAGGUGAGGCUGUUGAAUUUGCUGGAGAAACCUCUCUCUCCCCCUCCUUUUAUUCCUCCAAUGAUGUUCUUUUGCCUCGGUUCUGUACAUAGGGAGUCAACAUCUUACACCAGGAGCUACUGAUAAAAAUUUAUGAAAAUUAUGCGAUUCAGUUAUCUUGCCAAAAAAAUUGCUGUUCUUACAUGGACAGGGCAACAGGGGGUGCUACAUUAUGAUCAUAAUAAAAGCAACCAAAGGAUUGAAGAGCUUUCUAAGUUGCAGAGCAAGUGAUCACCUGAACUGUUGUAAUAUUUUGGGUUUUUCUAAAUUUUAGUUAAUCUAAAUUUGGCUGACAAAAAAAAAAAAGGGUGUUGCCACUGUGUGAGGUUCAGUAGUUUUCAGUAGUUAUUUCUCUACUUAAGGAAAUAUAUUCAUUGAGUGGUUGAAGAUAUUCAUGCCGGCCCUUUCUGACCAUAAUAAACAUGCGCUGGUGAAGUAUGCUGGUGGAACAAUUGAUUUCAUCAAAGAGAGCUGCUAACAUAUUGCCCCUGCUCUGCUCUCACUGCAGUGCUUCUCUCUAUGAUUGAGAAGCAUACUUCUAAAUCUCAGCAGGUUUGGGCAGUUUUGGCCAAAUUUAUGGCAUAUCGGUGGACCUCGAGAUGUCGGCAGUUUCCACAGAAAUUUUUCCUGGAAUUGAGUGGUGAGCGUAUUUUUAAUUGUAAGCCAGAAAAGUACCUGGUUUUGGCCCCAAGAUUUUGAACCUUGAUGAGAAGUGAAGUGGACUGGUGUAUCAUGUUGACAGUUGGUAUUUAUUAUAAUUAUUCAUAACUCGUCAUAUAUUUUUGCAUA